AUGGAGUCCAUCGAAUUGGAUCACCAGCAACUUAUUGAAAUGAACAUGGCCGGCUUCCCCGACACGGUCGAGGCCAGAGCAUCCUUGGGUGGCCCCCUUUAUUCUUCCGACGCCACCACCUCAUCAUCUUCACUUGUCUCUAAUGAGACUUCAGUGUUUGGGGAAGAAUCAAACUACCAGACCUCAAUCGAAGAGACUCCCAUCAAAGAAGAGAAUUUCAUCAAAGAAGAGACUCCCCUCAAAGAGAUUCCUCUCAAAGAUACCCCACUCGAAGAGGCCUCAGAAGAAGAGACCUCAGAAGAAGAAGCCUCAGGAGACGACGACGACAGCGACGAUGAAGACAAAUUGUUCACCAAAGACAACAGAUGUCUACGAUGCCUGAAGAUAUGCUCCUACAACAACAGAGCAGACCACCGAAGAGCCCACGGCCUUCCAAGCUCUGAGAGCGAAGACGAAAUGUUCACCCAAGACAACCGAUGCCUACGAUGCCUCAAGUCGUGCGCCUACAACAACAGAGCAGACCACCGAAGAGCCCACGGCCUUCCAAGCUCUGAGAGCGAAGACGAAAUGUUCACCCAAGACAACCGAUGCCUACGAUGCCUCAAGUCGUGCGCCUACAACACCCGAGCAGACCACCGAAGAGUCCACUCCCUCCAGGGCUCUGAGGGAGUGACGGUCCCCAACACCAAAAGAUGUACCUGCUGCGCUAUUCGCGGCGAACAAUGCAUUGUGGCAAAGGAGCCAUGCCGCAAGGGGCUCAACACUAUCCGAUGCUUAAAAUGCAUCAGCAACCACCGAUCUUGCUCCUUCAAGAAGACUUUCAAGCGCCUGCGGGUCAGCAGUCUCCAAUACCACCCAGCAAGGUUGGCAUGA